AUGGAUGAACUCGAUCGCCUGCAUCCGAAUAUACGAUUCACGACGGAAGCAGAACGAGAAGAUACACUGCACUUCCUCGACAAUAAAAUGACUAGGAAGAAUGAUGGAACAAUCGAUAGGUCUGUUUACCGAAAAGAAACUUGGACAGGCCAAUGCUUGCAAUUUGACAGCUUUGUGUCUGUUGAAUAUGAACGUGGUCUGGUCCGAAAACUAUUUCAAACAGCUCGACAUAUCUGCACCGAAGACAUGAUUGACAACGAACUACGACAGCUGAAAGAAUCUUUGACUGGAAACGCUUAUCCCGAUGCGUUUUUCAAAGGCACAGCAAUCCUAAAGUGA